AAUCAACACUUAUAGUUCUAAUGAUUCAAUCAUAGUUUAUUCAAAUCAAUCAACUUAAAACAACCAUGAUGUAUUAUUGCGUAAUAACUUAUUCGAUCUAAAUGCAUCAUGAAGAAAGAAAAAAAUCUAAAAGCGGACUCAAUCUUUUCCACUUAUUUACCGUUCGAAAGUGCUUGAUUUCGCCAUGGACAAUGCCAAAGUUAUCGUUCGAUUUUGCUCGUUUUACAAUUCCGAAGAUAAAUCGACAUCGUAUACUUUUUAUAUUAUCUAACGGGUAUAAAUAAAUCGGAAAUGCACCAGCAAAAUCAGUACGGAACGGUCUGUCAUCGAAAUGACAGUAUUCCGUUUAUGAAUUGUGUUAAAGAUUUCCAAUUAUAUCUCAGUUUAGUAAUAGUGACAAAAUGUGUUUUAAGAAUGCAGUGGUUUUGCUGGUGAUAGUGUGUGCUUAUCAAACAAAAGGACUAAUUGAAGAUAGCCAAGGGAAUACGAUAUCGGUUACAGAGAAAAAUGUAGCCAACAAUACGGAGAGGACUGGUAGAUCUUUACACAAGGAAUGCAGUAGCUUACUCAGUUCGAAGUGUCUAAAGAUCCACGCUCUAUCUUUCCUAGAGGAUCUGAGCUCUCGCGAUGAGCUAUCCCUCUUCCCCGGAUUGAGUAUCGUGAAAGAAAACCAAACUGGAAGUACUCCUAGUCCAGAAGAGAUGGCUGCAGAGUUAUCCCGGCAAUUCCCAGGAAAACCUGAGGAGAAGCUUAAUAGGUUUCUUCUUUAUAGGCUGCAGAAUUACUUGGACGGACAUUCAUUGAAGUACAAGUUGCUGGAUGCUGAGACUGCUAAAGACGCAAUGGAAAUAGCAAAAGAGGAUCCUUCAGUUGGAAGGAAGGGUGGUGGAGGCGGUGGUGGCGGAGGCUUCGGAGGUGGCAAAGGAGGCGGCAGUGGUCUUCUUGCAGUAGCCUUGAUGAUGAAAGGUGCAUUAGGAGCUGCUGCUUUAGGUGCGUUAGCACUUUUAGCAGGCAAAGCAUUGAUGACUGCUUUGAUGUCACUUCUACUGUCUGCUCUCGUCGGCCUCAAAGGCAGCGGCGGUCACAAAUCCACCACCUACGAGAUCAUCACCAAGCCCGAAGUGUCCCAUCAUCACUCCCACAGCCAUGAGGAGCAUCACGAACACGAGCAUGGUCACCAUGGAGGUUACAGGAGAGCGUACGACAUGGGAUACAACAGCUACAUGCCUUAUGACACUACGACCAGCUAAAAAAAUAUCUGUUACAAUUUAUUAUUUAACUCUUUCGUUUUUCUACGACCUAACGCCGUAUUAGAUUUUUAAUUUGCGAUCUACUUUAUAUUAAAAUGCCACCAAUGUAGAUAAAAUCAAACAUUAAUAUAAAUAGGAUAUGAAUAUCAUUUAGA